AUGGAAGUGGACUACAGUGAAUUGACAGCAAGGGAGUUUGUGAAGAGUAAGGCAUUGGACUUGAAGAAUGCGCUAGUGGAAAUCAAGAGAAGUAGAAGCAGAGACGAGAUGAAUCAGGGCAUGAAGGAAUUGAAUAAAAAAUACAGGGGAUUUCUGAAUAGCACCAGGCUCAUGAAAAAGAAUGAAAAUGUGACAGUAAAAGGACUGUACGCCAAUGAAAUGGUAGAGGAGAUCGAGUGUGGUGGAUUUGUGCUAUUGGUGAGCAAGAAAACAGGGAAAGUGCUAACUAAUAGCAGAAAACAGGUUAAUUUGGUCAACAUGACCAAAGAAGGUGCAAUAGAAAUAUGUAAAGUCUACGAGAAGAUGAAGGAUUGUGGUGUCUGUAACGCAUUUUAUAGGGGAAUAGAGGAGCCAGUGGAGAUGAAGCAGUGCAAGAACUUCAUUUUGGUCAAACACAGGCAGUGUGAAAUGUAG